AUGGAUCUCGCGUCCAAUUUCACCGGCGCAGGAGUGGACGACUCCUCCAGCAUCCUUGAGUACAUCGAGGCUCUGGACCAGGAGCUGGAGGGCUUCGCCGGGAACAACUCCUUGGGCCUGUACAACGACACGUUCAAUGGCACAUUCUGGGUGUAUCCGUGGGGGGCGUCCAUGUACCCCUCGGGAUACAGCACCCUGGAAAUCGUCAUCAUUACAGUCAUCAUCACCGUGGCCAUGAUCGUGGUAGUGGUCGGGAACAUGCUGGUCAUCAUCGCCAUCGCUACGGAGAAGGCGCUCAAAAACAUCACAAACUGGUUUAUCGCCUCCCUGGCCGUGUCGGACUUCCUGCUCGGCCUGGUGAUCAUGCCCUUCAGCCUGGCCAACCUCCUCAUGGGCUACUGGAUGUUCGGCGACCUGUGGUGCGAGCUCCACGCGGCCAUUGACGUCCUCCUCUCAACCGCGUCCAUCAACAACAUCUGCCUCAUUUCCCUGGACAGGUAUUGGAGCAUCACCCACGCCGUCGCCUACCUGAAGAAGCGGACACCGGAGAGGGCGGCCAUCAUGAUCGUGGCCGUGUGGCUCUUCUCUGGCCUCGUGUCUAUCCCGCCCUUGCUCGGAUGGAAGGAGGUGCGGGCGCCCGAGGACUUCCCCAAAUGCACGAUAGGCCUUUCAUCCGCAUAUGGAGGACUUGAUGCAAACGCCAAAUUCGUUAUUAUGUAUUUUGCUGUUCUCUGA